ACACCAUGCUGGCGUCGUGGGUGAGCGUGGCGGAGGCCAAGGAUGAUGUGGUGGAAGACAUGGACACGUCUGAACCCAACUGGGCCUGGUUCUACCUGGCAGAGUGCGGCCGCUGGCACAUAUUUGGCACUGACCCCUUCGCGACCUCCUCUGUAAGCAGCGACGUGAUAGAACAGAGUUACAACAGCAACCGGCGCGGCGUCAUGGAGUUCUGCACGAACAAAUACGCCUACAGGAUAGAUUUUGCAGUCAUGAAGCAGACCAACAUCACAACGGGGAAACAACGAGCUGUCAAGAGGGCCCUGCAAUCAGGAAGUAGUUUCAGAUCCAUCUGCGACAGCCCUGCAGUACCUGUGCCCUGCCACUGGGAGAAGAUGAACUCAGAGGAGCCGUACCAGCUCAUCCCUCUCGUCCAGGACACACACGAGUUCCAGGAGGUCAAAGGGCUUUACGAGCGAACGAUGAGCAGCCCCAUCCGCUCCAUCCAGAGGAUACAGAACUCCGACCUUUGGGAGUUCUUCUGCAGGAAGAGAGUGCAGCUGAAGAGGAUUAAGAAUGGCGUGGACAUCGAGGAGAGGAUGCUUUUCCACGGGACAGCCUCCGUUAACAUCCAGGCCAUCUGCACUUUUAACUUCGACUGGCGGCUCGCCGGGAGUCACGGAUGUGUCUACGGCAAAGGUUCCUAUUUUGCCAGAGAUGCCAAGUACUCCAGCAAGUAUUGCAACUCGUCAUCACAGACCCAUAAACUCAGUCUCCUGCCUCACGGUCUCUCUACCGCGCCCCCCUCUCAUCACAAGUGCAUGUUCCUGGCCCGGGUCCUGGUCGGCGAGUACGCCAUGGGUUCCAACUCGUUCGUCAGACCCCCCUCCAAAGACGAGACCCUCACGAACGUCUUCGACAGCUGCGUGGACGACCUGCAACACCCAAAGAUCUUCGUCGUGUUCGACAGCAACCAGACCUACCCCGAAUACCUCAUCGAGUUUGAGGAGGCGUGAUUGAUUGAUUGAUUCCAUCCGCUGUGUCCACGGCGACGA